UCCUCGCUCUUUUUUGUUCUCGGUUCGCGUUGCUACAUCUCUUCCCAAGUCUUCGUUUUUUUCGUUUGCAUAUGCUAUCAACUUGAGUUAACAAUAUUGAAAGAGCUUGUAAAAUUUUCAUUGUUGUCUUUAAUAGAUCGAUUACAUCCCAGCAGAAGUGAUGAAUGAGUCGAGGUUUGUUUACUUCUGCCUCUUAAAACCUCAACCUUCAUUCGUCAAACGAUGCUGAACCAAUUCUUCGGUACCAAGUAGUCGAGUGAUUUAAUUCUCUUGUCCAAUGAAUUGAUAAAUUUACUAUUCUUUUUUUCUCUUCAGUAAUUGGCGGAAAACUUUAUUUGGAUCUCAUCAACAGGAAAAUUUUCAGUGGUUUUCGAAAUUAUAUUAGAGGAACAAGUGGAAGUGCGAGAACUGAUCUUAGUGGAGUUACAAGUUUCUUAUUACAAAAGAGAAAUUUGACACUGGAAAACUUCUUGCAGAUAAUUGGAGAAACUUAAGGAAGUUAAGAAGAGAUACAUUUUAUUAGGUCAUUCUCAAGAAUACCAGAAAUUUCAGCGGAAUCUUGAUGUCGCAAAAGAUAUUUGAGCCUUGAGUUGAGGAUUUUUUUCAAAUCUGGAAAUCUUUCAAAACGAGAAGUGAAAUAAAAUUAUAGAAGGAGAAGAAGCGAAAUAAAUUAUUUCCACACUUAAAGAGAAGGUUCUUUCCAAAUUCUAAGAUUUCUGAUGAUUCCGCUUAUGCACGUUUCUAUCUGGUUGUAAUCAACCUGAAAAGAUUCACCGACCUCGUAGAGCAUCGGGAAGCUGCCCGAUCCUCGACCUUCCUCCGGAAGUGGUAUUAAGAUUCGGAGCAGUCAAUCGGAAGUGACAUAACUCCUAGAAAGGAAAAGGAAAAUUCUUUUGCGAAGAAGGAUUCAGACUCUUCAUUAAAAAUGUUUAAAAUUAAUCCAUGAGUAAAAUCGAGUAUGGAAUUUUCCCACGAGUUCGAACGACCUUGACUUGAAAACGAACUUCGAAACGAGAAUCGGACGAAUCUUGUCUGAUUAAAUAUUGAUGCAUCUAUGCUAUUUAACAUAGUGACGUGAUCUGCCUUUGUCGCGAGCCUUGCGUAAUAUUUCUCAGUGUUUCUGCGCUUACACUGCUUAGUUGAAAUUUGCAGGAUAGUAAAGUUGUUCCCUUGUGAAAAGAAGAUUUGCGAUGUGCGUGACGUAAUUUUUUUCCAAGGUGUGUCUUAGAAAAGGAGAAAAACGCCGAAUAUUCUCUGGAGACACUUUUUAUUGACCUUGACACCCACGUUAAUAAUUAAUUAGGGGUUAUAAUGUUCAGGCUCAACGUGAAUUGAGUCGAGUCGAUACAUAUUUCAUUGUCGUGGAGUUCUGAGAGAUGCGGGACGCCAAGGGUACCUGAGGAUAAGAGUGGGUGGAUAAUUAAUGCAGAAAGGAUAAGAAACUGUUGGAAAAAAUGGCUCUAAUUGCCCCAAGAAACAGCUCUCCGGUCAUUCGCGACAAGGAAAAUAUACCGGCUUAUGAUAUUAAGCUGGAUCGAGUGCUUGGUGUAACCGUAUCGAGCAAUGCAGCUUUGGACUGUGACCCAACUAGCGAGUUAGUCGCUUAUCCUGCUGGUUGCACUGUUGUGCUUUUCAAUCCACGGAAAAACACGCAAACACACGUACUGAACGGAUGUCGGAAGACAGUGACAUCCCUCGCGCUCUCGGGGGAUGGCAGACUUCUGGCAACCGGCGAAUGCGGACACAUGCCCAAUGUUCGCGUUUGGGACAUUUCAGAUUCAAGCAAUGCCGUGCAAAUCGCGGAAUUUUCUGGCCACAAGUAUGGCAUCAAUUGCGUGGCAUUUUCGCCAAGCAACAAAUACGUCGUUUCCGUUGGUUCGCAGCAUGACAUGAUAGUCAACGUUUGGGACUGGAGAAACAAUGUAAAGGUGGCAUCGAACAAAGUUUCGAGCAAAGUUAAGGCUGUGUGUUUUGCUGAAAAUGGCAAUUACUUUGUCACUGUGGGAAACAGACACGUCAAAUUUUGGUACCUGGAAUAUUCGCGUAGUGCUAAGUACAAGGAACCAGUGCCUUUGAUGGGACGUUCUGCCAUACUAGGGGAGCAAAGGAACAACGAUUUCGUUGACGUUGCCUGCGGCAGAGGAGAAAUGGCAGAUUCCACAUACGCAAUCACGAAAACGGGCCUCUUGUGUGAAUUUAACAAUAGACGACUACUUGAUAAAUGGGUCGAGUUACGGACAACCAGUGCCAAUUGCAUGUCGGUCGGAGACAAAUAUAUUUUUAUCGGAUGUGCCGAAGGAAUUGUCAGGUGUUUUAGUCCCUCGAAUCUUGAAUUCAUCACCACGUUACCCAGAACCCAUUAUUUGGGGGUUGACGUGGCGCAUGGAUUGUCCAUUAGUCACAUGUCCCAGCAUCCGCCAAACGCGAGGUACCCAGAUGCGAUAGCCUUGGCGUUUGACGAGAAAAACAACAAGCUUACUUGCGUCUACAACGAUCACAGUCUCUACGUUUGGGAUGUCCGAGAUAUUAGGAGGGUGGGAAAAUCCCAUUCUUUUCUCUAUCAUUCGGCCUGCAUCUGGGGCGUGGAAAUGUAUCCCACAGGACCCGAAUCUAUCGGUGCCAUGCCAGCCAAUAGUUUUAUCACAUGCUCUAGUGACGAUACAAUUCGCGUAUGGAACAUGGAGAAAGAACUUUCCACAAACGACACAUUGUACAAAAGAAAUAUAUAUAGCAACGAAUUAUUAAAAGUUUUAUACGUAGAUCCUGAAUUAACAUAUUUAAAAGAUCUGGACUUGGCUGCAGCCGGUUCGACGGAGAAAAACGACGCUUCUUACGACGGCCGAAACGGCGUUAGGUCUAUAAGGGUGAGCCCUGAUGGAAAACAGUUAGCUUCAGGGGACAGAUCUGGUAACAUUAGGGUGCAUGAUGUCACAACUUUAGAAGAAAAAUGUCUAAUAGAAGCUCACGAUGCGGAAGUCUUGUGCCUGGAGUACUCGAAAUACACGCGCUAUUCUCUAGACAUGCCGAGGCUUCUAGCGAGCGCGUCGCGAGAUCGGCUUAUUCAUGUUUUUAAUGUCGAUCAAGGAUACAACUUUUUACAAACGCUUGAUGACCACAGUUCGUCGAUCACGGCAGUGCGAUUCUUCAAUCAGACGAAUCAGAGUAACCAGCUUCAGAUGGUGUCCUGUGGCGCUGAUAAGAGCAUCAUUUUCCGACAACUUCAAGGGACACCUGGAGGGUCACCGCAGUUUGCGAGAGGACAAAACGCACAAGGAAAGACGACGCUUUACGACAUGGAAGUUGAUUCUAGUCAAAAGCACGUUCUCACUGCCUGUCAGGAUAGAAAUAUCAGGGUUUAUAAUGUAACCACUGGCAAACACAGUAAAACUUUCAAAGGCUCAGUUGGUGAAGAUGGAUCGCUCAUCAAAGUUGUAUUAGAUGCCUCGGGAAUCUAUGUAGCUACCUCAUGUACAGACAAAACGUUGUGCGUCUACGACUAUUACAGUGGGGAGUGCAUGGCAACCAUGCUUGGCCACUCAGAAUUGGUCACGGGACUGAGGUUUAGUCCAGAUUGUCGUCACCUAGUUUCGGCAAGUGGCGAUGGCUGCAUAUUUAUUUGGAAAGUGCCACAUGACAUGGUUGUCACCAUGCAAGCUCGACUCGCUCAACAAGCGAUGCGUGCUGGAAAGAGACCCGUUCAAGUCAACGGUGGGGGAGUGAGUCUUCAACUCGACAACGAGAACUUCGGUUCUCCACCUCCAGAAUUCCUGGAUCCAAAUGCGAAUCCUUCACCCCUAGGAGUGGGAAUUGAUUAUCGAUUCAGCGUCGGCCAGUUACCCCUUUGGGCCAAGAAACAGAUAAAUACAGCGAGCAACGAUGAUAGCACGUCAGUGAGCUCUGGCGCUAGAUCUCUAGGCGUGGAUCUUCCAAAAGGUCGCUGGGCCCAGAGGGUUCAACAGGGUGAUGGGAUAACUGUCAAGUCAGUCUACGACAACGACGAGAUAAUUCCGUUCCCGCCUCCUCGAGUUGGAAUAGAUUCAGAUGGAGGUGGAGGAGGUGGUGGCUCCAAAGAUAGCUCCAUCGACAGCGGCACCGAAACGAAAUGCAGCAGUGAUUAUCGCCGGGAAACGAUGAUCAUCAAGAGGGAAGAGGAAGAAACUGUCUUUCAGUCAUGUACGGAAAGUUACAGGGAAUUGGCAGAAGAUGCAAAACAGGUGAUGGGUGUUAACGUGACGAGAUCGAGAGGUAGCAAUAUCACGGAAAUAACUCGGCAAUCAAGGAGUCGACAACAUACCGAUGAUAGCAGCCUUGGCAGCUUCAAGUUCGAGGAUCACGAAAGCACGGAACACGAUGGCGAUGUGGAAGAUUAUUCGGAAGGAGAAAAUGGAACGACUGGUUCUGAAAAAUCUCACCAUCGUCUUAUGUAUUAUCCAACACCAGAGGAUACGGUUUCAAAUCAAUUUACAGUCAACGCCAUGGACGUCGAGGAACUUCGAAGGUCGCAGAGGCGGUCGAAAAAACCGAAAAGCACCGAGAGUGGAAGAAACGAAAUUAUGGCUUCUGGAAGUCAAGAUGAUUCUGAUUCAGAAGGUGGAGCAUCAACUCCAAGUGCUGAAAGGAAUCCUUUGUCAAUGCUUUCCGAGGCUAGUUCUGAAGGUUUUGAUCAGCUUUCGAAUCAAACGCACCGAGAAAAAUUCCUCAAGAAUGCUUUUGAGUCGCUUAGUGGUGCUGAAGAACCUACGAAUAGAACUAAAAGCACGAGUAUUAGUUCCCAGUUUCAUGGAAGGGCGAGUGGUUGUGUAGAAAUAUCGAGUAACAAACUGCGGAACGCGGCUGUUUUGAAUGCGGCAAAACAAAUUAGAGGAGACGCAGAUAUGGCCAAAAAAAGGGAAGAGCUUCAGAGGAGGAUAGAAGAGACCAGGAGAAAAUUACAAAGUAAAAAGGAGAUUUUUCAGAAAAAGGAGAAUUAUCUUUCACAAUACUUGGUGGGUCACAGGUCAUCCCUGAAAGCCAGUCAAAGCAUCUCGGAUUUGAGUAGCCACUUCACCGAAAAGCACCACCGACCAAAUAGAAUCAGCACAGUUGGCACUAGUGGGGGGCGAUUGUCAUCCAAAGUUAUUGACAGCGAAGAGGAGGAAGCUGGUAUGAGACGUGCCUGUUCGUUAAGUGAUCUGUCUGUGAGCCCACCCAACAGGUUACUGCAUGGCCCAAUUCAAGUUUCAGGAAAACUGGCUAACAAAAAUAUCAGCAGUUCUUCGCGAAUGGGAACCGGAAGUUCAAAUGUUGGUCAAUCCAGGAACAGUUCAUCAAAAAGUUAUUCCUCUCAUAUGACUCGAAGCAGUAGCGUUGGUGUACUUAAUCAGAGUGAUUCUGAAUCGGAUGCGGGGGCCACCGGUGGAAGUAGAGGUUGGGGCAAUCAAUCUGGAAAUAAUAGAAUAAGUGCAUUGAUGAGACCCACCAUCAGUUCACAAAACAAAGUCACGCAUCAGAUUAAGACCAACUCCUCUUCAGGAGCCAAUCUUCCAUCCGUUUUGAGGAGGCGCGGAAUGCAAGGAGCUUAUUCGAGUGUGAAUCUAAGUCAAGUCGGCAACCAGGAGGACUCAAGUUCGGAAGAAACGUCCUCUAAUGGAAACGGUGGAGGAAAGCCAACCUUGCCUCCAAGACCGCGAAGUAUUAGCAUCGACCAUUCCGCUGCUGGUUUAAACGUUCCUGGGUCGGGGAUAAGAAGAACCAAUUCUUCAAAUGUGAUCAGUGGCCGACCUGGAGGAAUAAUCGGUCAAGGCAAUUCGAGACUUUCCCUGGCUAGUCGAAGUCAACUAGAACCGAGUCCUCAGGAACUUCCUGUUAAAGACACCGAUCGUGCCAUCGACGUUGCUAGUGCUGAACUAUCAACCCAACUGUGCAAUACAAUAGCAGAUGAGCUGACCCGCACAGCAGACAACGUCGUUCAGCUUUACAAAAGGCUAACCCUGGACGGUAGUAGUGACACCACGGGCGCCACCAUCGACAGGGACACCAUGUUACGUGGCCUCGAAUCUUCCGUCAACGAAGCAAUGCGCACACUGCGAUUAGUAGUAGCCGCUAAUAACGAAGACAGCAAUGCCGAAAGUGACCAUGCUAACGAGGCAACUGCCAAAUUUCAGGAAUUGCUGGCUGGUCAAGAUCAGGGUAAGGUUGUCAAUAUGAUGCAGCAAUAUUCCGAAAUGCUGCUCACCAUGAUGCAACAAAGGAUGGGAGGAACGCAAGCGAAUCACUCUUAAAAGUCCGUAAAUUAAAAAAUUAUUCGGCUUCUUAACUUGCGCCAUAAAACCCAGAUUUGACUCUUAAAUUUUACCCCUGGAUAAGCUUGUUCUCUACAUACUAGAAUUCAAGAAAUCCCGCACAAAAGUGUGACUUGUUCGAGGCUAGACAAUUUUUCAACUAGAACUUAUUUAUAACUCUCUGGGUUUGCCUUCCAAGAAUUCAGAGAUUUCAAAAACUAUAAUUCUUCAAAAUUUGGUCUUUCAGCCAAAUUUUGAAGGAAAGUAUAUAAUGGUAUAUAAUGGACAAAUUUAACUUUAAAUUAGGUGAGUUUACAUGAAAUUACCUUUAUUUAAUUAAAUUAAUUUGCCGAAAAUUCACUUUGAAGUCAUUUGAUUUAAUUAAUUUAAUUUGAGUUAAAUUGAAUUAGUUCAAUUGAAAUUUACUUACCUACAAUUCGCUUUGAAUUUGGUUGAAAUAAGAUCCCUUUAAAUGCAGUUACCCGUUGAUUUCUUUGGAAUUCACUUAAAUUGAGUAGAAUGCUUUUGAAUGAAUUGAAAUUUAUCGAAUUAAAUUCACUUUGAAUUCCUUGAAAUUCCAUAAAUUAAUUCCGUAUGAAUUCAGUUCAUUUGAAUUUACCGGAAUUGAAUGUAGCAGAUUUCAAAAAUAUUCAUUUUAAUUCAUUUCAAUAGCAAGGUCUAAUGUGCAAUCUAUCGUAUAUUAAUUAUCCAUAACUCACUCGUUUUUAAUUCCCCGAAUGUGCAGUUCUUUUGAGUUAAAAAUUCUUCCAGUCUCGAAUUCAGAGUUUUCCGUACUUUCAAUCAUUAUGCAAACUUUAAUUCUCGAUACUACGAGUUAGUAAAUCGAGAUAUCACUGGGCCAUAAGCCGAACAACGCUAAUUACUAAAGACUUAUAGACUCAUAGAGAUAGUUCAACUCUAUUAAAAUUUUUAAUAGCGUGUUGAUUAUGCGGCCUAAGGCUAUAAAAUCUAUGGUUUAAGUCGAACGCUUUUUUCCGCCCUUGUGAUUUGAAAGUCACCAAUUCAAGUUUUGCGUUCUCAAAUGUGAACCUUGCCAAUAUUGUAAAACUCUUAAAUGUUCACUCCAAAGCGUACCGAAAAAAAUGUUAGUUGAUUUUCAGAUGUUUUCGACUUGGCGAAAAAUUUCUCCAAAGAAAUUUGACACGUUUUUUUGGAGAGUUUUUAUUCCGCUGUUGAGUAAUUUUAUAUUGUUUCGCCGUUUUUCAAGAGUUUUUUUUUGCAUCGUUUUAGGCGAGGAAUCGCAGCUUUUUCCUUUUCCGGUUCGUUCAUGUUUAGGCUUUACAAUCAACGAUAAUAAUAUGCACAAGCCAGCGCUUAAUAUAUAAAAAAAAAGUAGUAAACGUAGUUGAGCGUAUUUUGAGAGGAAUUGACACAAAAUGACAUAUUUUUCCACGUGAGUAUGUGCGAAGAACUUUGCGUUUCAGACUUUACAACUGUGCUCAAUUAACCAUUAACAGAUUUACCAAGCAUAUACCUGAAGUCGAAGCUGAAAACCUUCUGUUGUUAUUAAUUCCCGUGUUCUUGACGAAACACCGAUCCCUUCUCGCUGUAAAACUGCUCCUUAGUGUAUAAAUAUACUAGACUGUGCCAUUUAGGAUAAAGUGUUUGGAUCGUUUCGCUAGUUUAUUUCGAUUGCGAGCGUGAAUGUGAGUCCGUUGAAUGUUCUUGUAAUACACUGUUCUUAAUCCUUCAAUUUCUCAGAUCGUCAGAGCUUCAGAAUUUGAGGAAAUUUUUCAUAUCUACUCAAUACUCUUAACAAUUACAUAAAUUUAACUCAAAUAGGAACUAAAAUCGUCCAAGCUGAAAGAGUUAUUAUUCUCGUGUACAAUUUCAAGUGUAAAGUAUUAUAAUUCCAGUCUAUUGUCUUAAUAUUGUCUUAUGGUCUUAAUAAUGUGCUUUCUGUAUUUUCAACUUCUGUAAAGUUAGGAUCGCGUUGGUCCGAUUAAUCUGUAUUAAUUUUCGAAUAGUUAACCUUUUUUGCCAUUCCAAAUUCGGUCUCUUGAUUCGGAUAAUUCGACUAAUAGCAUUUCAAAGGCUUUGUACAUUAUUCUUAAAUAAAAAAACUAAGCUGUGUCUAAUUUGUACUAAACUUGCAAAAUUUGUAUAUAUUCAAUUGCACUGUGGAAAUAGACAGCGACUUCGUAAAACUCGACAAAUGUAAUGUUCCCCCUGUAUCGUGUAAGUUUUUUAGAAACCCAUUUUGUACAUUAUGUUAAUAAUUAAUAUAUGAUCAUUAGUAUAAACUUAGAAUAACACCAGCCAUUUAAUAUUCCCUAUUUAUUCUUCUGAUGAUUGCAAAUAAAAUAGAAAUUGUUCCCACGUUACUGUAUUGUUUAUCGGAUAUACUUACAGGGCUACUUGUACAAUAUAUCGUUUACAAUUGCC